GCACUUCCUAUCUCCUUUUUCCGCCUUACUUUUUUUUCCCUCCUCCCUCCGCAGUAUUAUGAGGUCAGCGCAUGGGACGGCGUAGCCUAUGACGUAACCCACCCACUCCCGGACCUCCCCAGCCUUUACAAUCCAGACAGAAGAGGGGACGGGGCAGCCAAAGGGAGAGAAGUGGCAGUUGGUCUCCUCUCCUCAGGAAGGGGGCGGUGGACACGAGAAGACGAGAAAAGACCCGGAUGCCGCGGCCGCUGCUGCUGUGUGAGGCGCAGCGGGCCACAGAGGGAAGGAGUUGUGGAUACGGCGGCGGUUUGUCGUCUGGGGCCGGCUGAGGGGAGCGAGCGUUGGGGGGGGCGUCGUCGACCGCGAGCUCCCCGGGUUGUUGCUUUUGUUUUUUGACGGAGUUGCGGCGGCGCCCGUUUCCCCUCAAGCCGCUGCCCGCAAGAUGGAGGUAGCGGGGCUGGCCGUGGCGCCGGCGGCGUGAGGCGGCGAGGGCCGCGGGGUAGGCGGCUCGCAGGGAGCCGGCGCGGCUGCUUGAGGGGCGGCGAGAGGCGCUGAGGCGAUGCUGUCGGUGUAUGGAAUGCUGCUGUCGGCUCUGCUGGGCUCCUGCCUGACGCUGCUGUGCCAGAUCCUGCUCUUCUACCGGAGGAAGCCCGAAGCCCCCGAGGGGCCGUCCUCGGCGCCCAACACCGGCAUCUACACCACCCGGGCAGUGCCCGACACCAGCCUCAAGGAGUACUUCGCCGGCUUCGUUGGCGGCGGCGGCGGGGGGGUGCAAGAGGGGGCUGGCUCCCGCAGCGUGCCCCCCAGCCAGUCCCCUUCCAAAAAUGACCAGGGCACCCACUCGGACUCCUCUAGCUCGGUGGUGGAGUUCACCGAGGAGACCCUCUAUUGGCUCAAUGCCAUCUGUCUCUUUCUCUUCAGGGAGCUCAAGGACACUGGCUUUGUCAGGCACUGGGUCACCAGGAAGAUCAAGGUGGAGUUUGAGGAGCUGCUCCAGACAAAGGUGACAGGCAAGGUGCUGGAGGGGCUCAGCUUGAGGGACGUUGCCUUCGGGAACGUUGUGCCCGUUUUCAAGAACAUCAAGAUCCUGAGGCCGGUGACCUGUAGCGAGGAAGGAUGCCCCGAGGAACUAGACUUUGAGGUGGACGUUGAGUACAACGGUGGCUUCCACUUGGCCAUUGAUGCCGACCUUGUCUUUGGCAAGUCGGCAUAUCUCUUUGCCAAGAUCUCUAGGGUGGUGGGUCGGGUGAGGCUGGUCUUCACCCGCUUGCCCUUCACUCACUGGUCUUUCGCCUUUGUCGACGAGCCUGUGAUUGGUCUUGAAGUCAAGUCACAGUUCGAAGGAAGGCCCUUGCCACAACUUACUUCCAUCAUUGUCAGCCAGUUCAAGAAAGUCAUUAGGCGCAAACAUACUUUACCUCAUUAUAAAAUCAGGUAAGGUGCUUUGGGUUUAACUGGAGCAAAGCUAUACUUUACUCACAUUAUAGUUUGGGGAAUUGUUGGAAGGAAAACUUUCUAUUGACUUAUUCUUAAUAAACACUGUUUAGUAGUAUUUGAAACAUGGUAAUAACAACAAUGAUGAUAACAUUCGCAAAAAUGCCUUCUGAAGGUGGCAUUUUUAGAAGAUGAAAUGGUUUGUAUACAUAUGCAUAGGUCCACAGAUUUUUGGUUUGUCUUAUCAAAGCCAUUAUUUAGUUGUACUACUGACCCCACUCCCCCAUUCCACACCUCAUGGUGCCCCUUAUUCUGUUGUUGUUUUUUGAAGAAAGUGCAAGCAGUAACUCACUGCUGUUUUCUUCCAGUCUGCUGAAAAUCUUGAUCAUGUGGAAAGCUUAAGGUGAAUAGAGCCAAACAUGUACCUUUGAUUUCAGGAAAGCUGGAUUUAAUCAGCUCAGAGAAAUGCUAGGUAGGAUUCCAUGGCUAGAUAUACUAAUAAAGAAAGGAGCCCAAGACUUGUGGGAGUUCAUGAAGUGAAGAAGUUACUAAAGGCAAAUCACAAUUCUAAUGGGAGAAAAAUAUGAGGCAAAAUGUAAAGAGCUGAUGCUGCUGACCAAAAAGUUUGGUGAUGAACUAACCCCCCCCCCCCCCGAGACUUAGAAAAAAUGAAAGGAAGGAGAGGUCGUCACAGAGGGCAAAUACAGAUGCAUACCCAGACUUGUUAGGACAGUGUUAGGAAAACUGAGGCUGGCAUACUAUGUAAUGAAAUGGAUUGUAUGGUUUAAGGAAGAGGAAGGUAACCAGGCCUGCUUCAUUGUAAGGAUGAUGAAAUGUUAGUAUGUACCGGUAAUAAAGAGAAGGAUCUACUUUUGCCUCUUGUUUUCUCCUAAAAGGGGAACUGUAUGUGACCUUGCGACAGUAGUUAAGGGUCAGGAUUGCAAUUUAAGAUAGAAGAGGAAUUGGUCAGAAAACGCAGAAAAGAGGAAGAUUAGACUGCUUUUGCUACCAGGAAAGAUACUUGGAACAGAUUAGAUAGGGACAAAUUUGUAAGCAUAAAUCUUGACAAAACGCAGUGGUUAGUAGAAGCCAACAUAGAUUUGUCAAGCAUAAAUACUGAAGGGCUGUUACAUAGUUCUCUGCUAUCCCAGAGCAAGAGCAUAUAUAAUGGGCUUAAGUUACCAGAGUGUUGCAUGUUAAGUUAGACUUGGGUUGCAUGUUAGGAAAAACGUUUUAGUGGUAAGAACAUGAAACCAAUAAUCAGUUAUCUGGGGUAUAUGGUUGGGCUUUCUUUUGCUGGAGGUCUUCAAGUAGAGACUGGUCAUCUGUUGGGGAUGCCUUUGCUCUGGAUUUCCUGGAUCUAGCAGGGGGUUGGACUAGGUGGCCUAUGAAAUCCCUUUCUACUCUGAUUUGCAAAAGCCUUUCUGGAAGGAAAGAAACUUCAUGUCUUUCUUUCCUCUCUACUUAGGGAAAAUAACUAAUAUUCUCUCUCUUGCAAGAGAUGUAAAUAACAUCUCAUUCACUCUUUGGUACUCUUUGACCUGCAGAGAACUCUGGGAAUUGAGGACUCUCUGUGUUUCCUCUUGAUAUUCUUCUAUUUAUGGACAACCUGGGGUGGGAAUAUUUUUGUGCUGGGUGUUUGGUGCAGGGAUGCUUGCAACUGGCAAACAGGUGAGUGUAUUUAUGGAACCCUGUUUACAAAUUGGAAGCAUGCGGGGGGGGGGGUGUUGUUUUUUGUUUUGGUAAACUACAUAAACUUGCUAGAAUUUUUAAGAGGCAUGGUUUUAAUGCUCUCUUAUUUUGUAGAUAGUCUCUGUUGGCAAAAUGACUUUGUACAAAGUAGCAGAAGAAAGAGAAAAGUUGUUGUCUGUUCACUGACACCCCUUGACUACACCCUUUUCUUCUAACACUUUAAAACACCCACACCAUGUUCAAAAGAUUAUGUACUCUGUUGAUAUUUAGUCCAGAUCAGCUGCCUUUCACAGUUUUUGGUUUUGUCUUUUAACCACUAAUGCAGGUAGAAAUUAUUUUUCUGUGUGGAGCUUGUCCUGAAAGGAGUGGUUACUUGUCUUCUUCCUUCCUUUCCAGUUACCAUCUUUAUCAUUAGUUGUACAGGGUGUUUCAGCUUAACGUUAGAUUGUGGAUGUGUGCCCAUACAUUUUAAAAACACCAAUUUUGAGAUAUCCUACAUAUCUCAAUCCCAAAUACUAAGUUUAGAGCUUUAUAAUGUAUAAUAAUAAAGUACUUGGAUUUAUUCUAAAUGCAAUAGUAGCUACCAUGCAAGGCGCUGGGAGAUGUUGGAUAGUUUUUCACAUAGCAUGUGUUCCUGAGCACUAGAAGAUUCUGUUUCCAUCAGCCCGAUCCCCUUAGAGAGGAAGCAGACUCCCUCAUUCAGGGGUGGGAGUGCCUUGCAGUGUUCAACUAAUCAUUGGAGCAAUUGUGUUGUUUGCACACUACAAAGUAUUCUGCAAUUGAACAAAUGGUGUAAGUUUUGCUUUUGGGGAAUUUCAGUGUAGAUGAGUAAGAGGCAACAUGAAAUAAGCAUAUAAAAUUAUGCAUAGCACAUAGAAAGUCGAUAGAGGGAAAAAAUUCCCUCAUAAUGCCAGAAUUUUUCGAUAUCUAAUGAAGCUGAAUAUUGGAACUUUCAGGAAGAUUUUGAGUGGGGGGUGCAGAGGGAGGAGAGAAGCCCCAUUGUGUGAGUGAACACCUUGCAUUACAGUGGAUUUUAACCAAUGGAUAUUGGUAGAGAAAAUUUAGUAGGGCCUAACUGACAGUAAAUCACUGAUACCACAGAAUUAUAAAAUCAUAGAAUUCUAGAGUUGGAAGGGACCCCAUCAUUAUCCAUCUCCCUGCAUUACAGGAAUCUCAACUAGAUCAUACAUGACAGAUGGCUAUCCAACCUCUGCUUAAACACCUCCAAGGAAGGAGGGUCCACCACCCUUCAUGGGAAUCUGUUCCACAGUUGAACAGCUAAACUUUACAGGCAUGGCUAUUCCAUAAUCAGCCUGGAAUAUACCACAGUAUAAAAGUGACCUCCUUUAUUCAUCAGAUAAUACCUUAAUAUAGACAGAAAAUAGAGAGCUUUUUAUUUUAUUUUUCAAAAUUUUAAUCCUUUUCAUAUUUACCUAGAAGUCUGUUCCGUUGUGUGUGGAACUUGCUUCUAGAUAAGUGGACAUUAGUGGCUAGGGUUUCUGUUCCUUCUUGCUUCAUUAUUAUUUUUUUUUUUUUUUACUUAAGCUGGAAAUUUUGGCUGAAGAACCCAAAACACUGAAAUAUCGUAAAAAGACUUUCCACUUCCAUUCUCACAGUUGAAUUAAAUGCCAAAAAGAGUGAAAUGGAAAAGGGAGAGACAACUCUGGUCUUUCCUUUAUGAUACAACUUUCUAUUUUCCUAGUGACUUUGGAAAGCACAGAUCUUGGUUCCUCAUAGGAGUUUAUCUUGUUCCUGGUGACAAAAUUGAUCUGUGAUUAUUACAUAUGUUGGUGUUUUCAUUAACUGAAAUAUGGCCACUGGGUCUAAUAAGUUUUGCUAGUACCAAAGGUUAAAAGUUAAUUUUUCACAGAUCUAGCUAUUGUUGUUCUCCCUGUUUGUAGUAUGCAGAUUCCAGAUCUAUUAUAAUCUGAUGUUGGUGAGGCAAUCUUCCAGGUGCUUUCUGAAGUAUUAAUAAACCCCUCCUGGAAUGAUGUACUGUUUCAGCUAGCAAGUCUCUAAUUUGAACUAUAAUCCCAAAUUUAGACAGGUUUUAAAAAUGUAACUUUGUGGUUAUAAGAGCCUUUUCUCACAUGGCACAUCUUGUAUUUUAAAAACAUAUCUAGUGCAUAUCUGUUUUUAAAAACAGCUUCUCCCUAGACGGAAAAAAAGGAGUUAGAAUAUUAAUAGCUGCUUCGUAACAAUAUUGGUUCUGAUUUGAUAUUUUCCAUCUCUAGAUCAAGUGAAGCUAAAAUUGGCUUCUUUUGUUUUUCUUAUAUCCUUCAGUUGGUUCUGUUGAUAGAACUUCUCCCUUGAUUAAAAGUUUUCCUGAUUUUGUAUGUUUGUGUAUUCUGAUGCUGUGGCCUAGAUUUAGUUAAACUUGAUUUAAUUAUAUAAAUAUUGAACUUGGAUAGUAUUAAAGUGAUAAUCAAACUAGAUAUUUAAAGAGGAGGGAAUCCUUUUCUAAGGGGGCAUUUGCAGGUUUUAAGUACUGUUUGUGUAAUCAUAGAAUCUGUCCAAAUCUAUGAUGCUAUGAUUCUAAGUUGAAUUGUAGAGUUGGAAGGGAUCCCGAGGGUCAUCUAGUCCAGUACCCUGCAAGGCAGGAAUCUCAACUAGAUAAUACUUGACAGAUGACAAUCCAACAUUUGCUUUAAAACCUCCAAGAAAGGAGAGACCACCACCUCUCAUGGGAGUAUGUUCCACUGUCAAAACAGCGCUUAUUCUCAGAAAGUUCUUCUUGAUAUUUAGUCAGAAUCUCCUUUUUUGUAACUUGAAUCCAUUGGUUUGGGACUUGGCCCCUGAUGCCUUAUUGAUCAUGGGCACCUUUUUCAGCCAAUCAAAAUGGAUAUUUGAUUAACUGGAUAAUUACAUAUUGCAGCCUUGCUUUUGGUAACUAGAAAACUAACAUAUUGGGAUAAAGAUUAGACUAAAACAUAAAUGUGCUAGACAUUUUUUAUGGUAUUUCUUGCAGGCUGAAGUAAUACACGCUGAUCAAUCUUCUCAGUAAGAAGUAUGCCUGAGUUGUAAUGUGUUGACCCAGCUGGAUCAACCCCAAGGCUUUGACAUUUGUCCAAAUUAUUCUUCUCUUUUUUGGCAAGGUGUCACCUUGGUGUCAAGUCAUUUCCAGAUAUUUGGGAAUAGUACUUCCUACCAGUGUAUGACUGAAGGACAGAACAAUAAUAAUAGGCAGCCUAUUUACUAAUUAAUAAGAUUUGAAAAGAAGUGGUGUGGUAAUUACUCCUUUUCAAAGAGGUACUUAAAUGGAAACGAUGAAGGGAUCUUUCAGAGAUGAAGAAAAAUCGCUGUUUUGCUCAAAGAGCGUAUGAAAUGCUAUUGUUUAAAAAAAGCUAUUAAAGUAUGUCGAGAAUUGGAAGUCCUGGAAAGGAUAAAGUAAUGUAGAGUACAAAAACAAGGUACUUUAACAUUUCUAAUCACCCAUGCGUAGGACAAAUAAGGUUCAGGUAAUGAAGCUUUUCCCAAUGUGCUGCUCUCCUGUUGUUUUGGACUUCAAAUCCCUGCAAGCAUGGCAAAUGGUUAGGAAUGAUGAGAGCUGUAGCUCAUAAUGUCUGGAUGACACCAUACUGGGGAAGGCAACUUUGACCUCAAGCUGCAGAUACAUUGUUUGUUAUUAAGUUAUGUAUUUUUUUGUGUUUUUAUUGGUUUUUAUUGGUUUUUGUGUUUUUAUUGGUUUACAGAAUAAAACCAACUCUGUCUGAAGGGUGGUAUAUAAGCAAAACAAACAAACAAUAUAGGUAUUAAGUGGCAAUAUGGACAUAAAACAGUAAAUAGUCUAUUGCUUGUCUUCCUUGUUUUGCAUUUUGUUCUAGUAAGUAUUAGCAAUUAAAAAAGAAUUAGAACAUUCUUUUAAUUGGGACACUUAAUUCUCUGGGGCAAACAACUGUUGCAUUGAAGGUGACUGGUUUACUCUCUAACAUCUGUUUUGUGAAUUUGCAUGUUGAAUGAUGUCCAUUCAAGUGGUAGAUACACAAAUGCAGCCAACACAGAUUUUGAGGCUGUUACUGAUUAGAUGUUUGCAGGUAAAGACAAUCUCCCCAGCUUUGUGCAGUUCUACAAGAGGGUUCCACAAAUAAAUCAGUGGAUGGGUAUAAUUGCUAGCUGUGGAAGGAAAAGUUAAGAGUUUAAGUAGAUACUUUCUAGAGCAGACUAAUAGUUAAUCUAGUCCAGCAUCCACUUUCCCAUAGCUGCUAACCUAGUGCAUCUCUGUGCCUCACAGGUAGGGUAUGAAGGGAAUAGGGCACUGCCUUUGUUGCUCCACAACUGCUGAUACUCAGUGGCAUACUGCAUCUGAACAUGGAGGCCUGUCUUUGAUAGCUACCUUCCAUGUAUUUGUUUAAUACUCUUUACAAAAUAGCUUAACACUGGUCAUUACAGUGUCUUGUAGCAGUGACUUCAUUUAAUUUCUUACACACUGUGAGAAGAAAUUCUUUUUUUAUUUCCUGAAUCUCCACCAUUAAACUUCUUUGGAUGAUCCUAAGUUCAUCCAAGUUUUAAGAAGGUAGGAGACAAACUUACCUUGUUUUAUUUUGCCUACACAAAUCAUAAUUUUAAUAACUUUCAUCAUGCCCUCCCUUUAGGUUACUUUUUAAAAAUUAAUCUAAAUAUUAAUUUUAGCAAAGGUGCUCCAGUCCCAUGGAAAAAGACUUGUGGAAAUGAAGUAUAUAUAAUUAGCAAGAAUGCCUAUAUUGAGAAACAAUCCCUUGGGCCUGUGGGACCUCCUGUAGAAGAGUAAUGCUUGAAAACAGCCUCCCUAAUUGCAUUUGGUUUUCCAGCACUCAGAUCUUACAAUAUGCAUCCAUCCAUGUGCUAUAAAGUCCAGAGGUCCUUUACCUUUACCUUUACUAUUACAAAGCUUAUAGUAGAGGCUUGCUAUUUGUUUUGAAUUAGUAUGGGUAAUUUUGCAGCCUCUGUCACUAUGGCUGUUUUGUCCAGGGCCACCAUAUAGGCAGUGUUGUUUCUGUCUCCUUUCUUAGGCCUAUCUUUGUAGACCCUUCAUACUUAACCUCUCAAUAUGGCUCCCUGAUUAUGGGUUUUCCUCCAAUUGGAGAUACAUCUUCAGGUGAUGAAAAGACAUCAGACGGAAUUGAAGCAUCUGCUCCACCUGGCCUUCAGAGGUUUAUGAGAUGGUCACAUCAGUACUGCAUAAUGAUAAUCUAAGCUGCUGGUGGUUAUUUUUUAUCAUAGUUAUGACAAUUAUAGUUGUAUUGUUUCUUGUUUUGGGGGGACAGUUCUGUGGUUUAUUGUAUAUUAUUCAUUGCCUGGGGAACUUUUAUUGAAACUUGGUUUACACUAAUAAUAAUAAAAAAUAUUUGCUACGUGCAUUUCAAAAAGUGCUUUGCAACUAAAGCAUUGAGUUCUGCUUUUCACACACCUGCUUCUAUGAGAAGUUAUUUCCACAUAAGUAAUAUGAAAAAUCUGCCAGCUGCUGUGUUUCCUAAUUCAAGGUCUUGCGAGUUCAUCCAUUAGAUACCUAAUCUGCUUAACAUAGCUAAAUCAGUAAGGGAGCUCUGUAUAUAAUAAGGACAUUAGUCUGUUACAUAAAAGGAGUGGAAUUCUUUACUUUUUUGUUUCACUUGAGAAAUAUGAUUUUAACGUGCAGGUAUGGUAAUUUUAAAUUGAAAUAUACUUUUUUUGCAAUUUGGCUCUUAGAUUAGGUUUGCAGGAUGCUAACAGUUUCCCAGUGUAAUUCUUUAUCUUUCGGAAUAUGACAUAACCAUUUUAUUUGGCACCUGUGGUGUUUAGGAAAGAAUGAAUAAUGUGAAUCCUCAUUGUGACCAUUUAUCAACAUAUUUCCUCAGAUUUGUCUAUCUCUAUAGUAUACUCUUGCAUAUUGUUUCUCCCUUGCCUUUGUUGAAUAGCUAACCAUCUUUAUUAGAGCUUCUGUAACAUUUCCGCAUCACAGAUACAACAGUAAAAGGUAAUUAUUGUGCGGAACAAUUGUUAAUAUUUUCAAGUAAACUCUAGGUAACUGGAGAAUAUUCUUUCUGGGAACCAUUAUGUUAAUCCUCUAUCUUCCUGCAUUCUAAAAAUUGCCAGUGUAUAUUUCAGAAAGCAUAAGUUAAAAAUAUAGUUUACGUUUUUUACUUUGAGACAGUUCUUUAUCAUAGAAAUUAAACUGAACAUAAUUGGUCUCUGUUAUAAUGUGAUUCUUGCGAUGAUGCCUUGGACAUCAGAUGAGCUCGUGUGAUGGCACAGAACAUUCUAACUCCUCAGAGAACCAAGAACUUGGCAACAAAAGGUUCACUGUCUAAGUUAUAGAAAGGAAUACUUGUCUGUCUGGGUAUAGAACCCCAUAGACUUUAUUGAAAGAAAAGCUGUAUGGGGUGAGCUAAGCUGACUGGGAGAAGGCCUGGGAAGAUAGGGAAUGUAUGAAGUAGAGUGCCCAGAGGCUAGGCAAAUGAAGAAAAGGGUGAAAUAUAUGAUCCUGAGGGAAAGGCAAGUAUAGGAGCCAAGAGGCCAAAGGAAAAGCAUGGGGGAUGUGGGUGAGGGAGCCAAGAGGUCAUGGGGUGCCAGAUCUAUGUCCUGAGAGGACUCCUGUGGCUUUGAGAACUGCAUUGAAGUGAGAAUUCUGCCAGUUACUGCUUAUAGUCACUGCAGCAUUUUAAAUUGAGAUGGCAAAAGCAGUAAUGGAGUACUUGAUUUUACUUCACAUCUUUGUCACAACACAUCUUUUAAAACUGGGGAAAUAUUCCUUAUUGUCUGUGAGGGGCAACUGCAUAUCUCAUGCAAAUAUGUGUUCUUAAAAAUGAAAAGCACCCUCUGAAAUCUGACUGGGGUGUGUUUGUGUAUGUACUUAACCCCUUUCCCUGCCAGCCAUCUACUCCAAAUCGUAUCUUCCUCCAAACUUAUUUUCCACCAUGGAAGUGUGAGUAGCAAUGCCUAAGUACUCUUGUAAACUUUUAUAUGGAACCUUUCAAAGAGGGAAAGCUGCUGGAGGGGUGUGUGUGUGGAGAUUUUGUAAUAAUUCUGUUUUAAACUUCCCCCACUUCUCCGCUCAAAACAGCAGCUCCUUGUGGCUGCUUCUUUCCUCCCCACAUAAGGCCCUGUUCGCAUGCAUUUGUGUAUGUACUUUUUAGGGCUGUUUCAAAUUUCUUCCUACAUUUGUUCUUAUGACAGUAAUGGGACGAUAGUAUUUUCAUAACUUGAAAGUAGUCAGACGAACGUUUAGAAGAUACAUUCAGCAAACCUCCAAACUUCUGUUCAGCAGAAACAUCUUUGUAACUCGAUAAUGGUCAGGGAUGUCAGUCAAGGACACAGAUCAUUUUACUAUAUGUUUCUUAAAGAUUGUGUGAAAGAAGAAGUAACAAGAGUCUAUUUUAAGUUUUAUGUGUUUUUACAUACUGCUUCUGCAAUGUUUCCUCACUAUGGUAGGAUAUAUAAGCAGCUAGCCAACAGUUAAUAACUGCAAUAACUGUUAUUAUAGCCUGAUUUUAUUCCUGUUAUCCUGGGAAUAAACACCACUAAAUUCAUUGGGACACAUGCAUUCAAUUUUUAGCCUUUCGUUAAAGUUAAAUUGGCAGCACUAAAUUACUGUUUUCGAUGACAUAUUUUAAGAAUUCAACAACUUAAGAGGUUUUCAAAGGUGUUGUGUGUUGAAAAUAUGAGACAGAAUAGUGGAAAGUUUAAUGCUGAAUCUCUGUCUCAAAAGGAUAAGAGAAAUCAUUUUAUUUUUAUAGUCUGAUGAUGGCAAGCAUCUUUCCUGGUGGCAGCUAAAAAUAACAGAUAUAUUUAGGAAGCUAUGCUUGUUUAUAUAAUGAUGUUGGCACACAUUACUGAAGUUUUAACUGGUCAUACCUUAGAAAUUAAAAAUGAAAGCAAUCAUAAGUACAUUUAAUUAAGAAGCUCUAUUUAACUCAGAACUUUCUGAGUAUAACGUUCAUGUAUAAAUAAAUAUGAAGAGGAUUGCGCAACAUCUGUCUUAUGUAUUCGCUAGAGGGACUUCCAAAGCAGGUCAGGCAGUGUAGUUUAGUGGGUAGUGUUGGACUAGGGCUGGAGAGAUUCUUUUCAUAUUCUACUCUGCCAUGAAGCUCAUUCUGUGACCUUGGACCAGUUAUUGUAUUGAGGUCUAACUUACAUCACAGGGUUGUUUUGACUAUAAAAUACGUUAGUUCAAGCGCACCAGUCUGAUCACUUUGGAAGGAUGGGAUAAAAAUGCAAUAAUAAGCUAUAGAUUGUUAUUCUAUUUAAGAUAGUGCUUGAUUGAAGUAUUCAGCCCUACCCAGUUUUGUAGGGUUGGCAGAUGGUAGCUGGGUUAACCUCUUCCCAAAAUUGUAUUAAUCUUCUAGGAGGGUGGGCAAAUUUAAAGAAUUUUCAAGUUGGUGAAAAUUGAAGUUGAUGACAAAGACUAACCAUUUGUCAUCCUCUUCAGGGGUGGUGCCGCACUCACCAUGACAAGUGGAUUUGUCGAAGCCUGCUUAUUCUUGAAGCAAUCAUGUAUUUAUAUAACAUAUUAUUGACACACAUUACUGAAGUUUUGACUGGUCGUAUCUUACAAAUUUAAAAGGAGCGCUACAGUUCAGCUAAACCUAGCUGUAGAACAGGUUCUGUAUCUUUUGCUGGUGGAAAAUGGAUCUGCCUAAAGUUGCAAAUCUUCUUUCUCUCAAGAAAAUCCAAUUUUAAAUUAUGCUGAGCUUGAGAAUUGUUUUAAAUUGAAUUCACAAGCUGCUUCAUGGGGACAGUUAUUUAUUUUGUAGAGUUCCGUAUUGAAAAACAUGCCAAAUUCCAUUCUGCUCUCUUUGCUUUUAAACUUAAAUAAUAUGCAAUGGGUAUCUUGACAAGGUUCUGUAAACUGCAUUGUGAAUGCAGACAAACAUCUGCAUGUUUGAGUAGAGCACUGUAGUUCUGCAGCACUGGUGAAAUUUUUAUCUGCAGCAAAUGUAGCCAUAUGAUCAGUUAUCAGAUCUGCAGGGUGUAAAAUGUAUUGCAAUAGUUAUAUUGUAUAUGCUAGGCCAUAGUAGAAGUCUGUGUUAUAAACUUACUGUCUUGGUAAUAGUGUAUAAACAUUAGCUUCUAACAAAAAUAACUUGUACUGAUUAUUUCCAGUACAAGUUUGCUUUUCGGAAAACACUAUCCCACAUGAUAAGGAGGAAAUUGUUCUGAAUGGCAUAAUAAAAUGAUACCAUUGUAAAAUUUGUUAGUCUUUAAGUCUAACACAGCUGUCCCUCUGGAUAUCAUAAGGGUUUGUUGUGCAAUCCUGUCAUUUGAUAUUCCCCUUGUCAUAGAGGUCAGUGAAAGGACACACAUAAACUCAUAAUUUCAGUGGCACAACAUUGACAGAUAGUUCUGAUUAGAAUGUGUUAGGAGUUAUUUUAUUUCUUUAUGCUGUUCCUGUUGAGAAAACUAUUUUUCAGCAGUUAUUCCAAUACUAGCAUGCUAGUAUUGUAUCCAUUAAGAUACUAGCAUGCUAGUUUCUGCAUCCAUUAACAUUUUAUGUAUGCAAAGGUGAGCAAAUUAAUGUGAACUCCGCUUAGAAGGAUAGAAGUCUAUAGUAAUUUUAUCUUGGCAUUUACUUGGCUGCAUCUGGUUGUAACAAUAAGCUAUGGUUAAAAACUGGAUUUAUCAUUACAUGAACAAGCCCAGGUGAAACUCAGCUUGUGUACUCCUUGCUCAACUGCCUGUUCAGUUCUAAAGAGAAUAGAAGCUUUCACUUUCAUUUUUAACUAACCACAGGUGGUUGUUGUUGUUGUUGUUAUAUUUAAAAAACCCAAUUUCAUACUGCCCAUUAGGUGACAGAAUCCUAGGGCAGUUUACAAUUGCACAUUAAAACAGCAAUAAAACAAAUUCUAAAUCAGUCUUCCAAAUAAUUAAUACAGCUACACAAUUAAAAUGAGAUGUAUAGCUGCAGUAAACUGAUUGCUUUUCUUGUGGCUGAUCUCAUCCAGAGAUUCUGUUUUGUUCAGUAUUCUAUGAAGGUCUGGCAAAACGCUGUCUGGAUGGCACCAGAAUUACAGUAGUGAAGGUACAUUAUGCACCUUUCAGAGGGGGCAGUUCAAUAAAUGUGUGCACUACAGAGAAAGCCCUCUCUAGAAUCACUGCUGAGCUAAGCUUUCAAUGAGAUCCAAUGGCUCAGGCAGGCUGAUAUAGGCAGAAGCACUCCUUCAAGUAUUUGGGUUCCAAGUUCUUUAGGACUUAUAGGCAGACGUCUGAGGCCCAGGGCAUGAAUUUUGUUAGAACAAAUUUAUAAACUCAAAAAAGCAGCCAGUCCCUAGUCCCUCUGAGGCCCAGAGCAAGUGUACCCGGCUGCUUCUACUUCUGCACAAGCCUGCUUAUAAGCUAACAAACACCCUGAAUUGAUCCCAGUAACAUUUGGCAAUAAGUGCAACACCACUUAGAAUCCUUGCAGCUCUAUUUUACACUAGCUGCAGCUUUCAAGUAUUCAAGGGCAGUCUCUUGUAGAACAUGUUAGAGUAAUCUAAUUAGAAGGUUACUAGGGCAUGGGCUGCUAGGCUAUCCUGGUCUAGGAAUGACCAUAGCUGGCAAACUAGCCAUAAAUGCUGAUAGACACUCUUAGCCAUUGAAGCCACACACACCAGCACCUAUACCAUCUGACUUAUGGAAAAAUAGAGUCACGUUUCAUCAGUAUAUUGGUGAUGCUAUGCUCCAUACUUCCUCAAUAGCUCUCACCAUGGUUUCAUUAAACAGCAGUGGGAACAGAAUAAAACCCUGCAGGACUCUUCUGCUUAACUGUCAAGGCACCUAGAAGUAGUCCCCCAAUGUUUAUUGUCUGGAGACAGCCCUGCUGGAAAAACACCCACCAUAUCACAGUGCCUCCAAUCCUCAACCUCCAAAGGGACACUUAGGGUCAGUGGUAUCAAAAAGCUUUUGAGAGACAAAUGAGGUUGCACACUCUCUGUCUCUCUCAUAAUAAGUCAUCAACCAGGGCAAUUUUAGUGCCGAACCAUGACUAGAGUGGGUCUGAACCAAACUAAACUGUGGUUAGUCUUAAAGAUAGAUUACUGAAACAAGCCAACUUCAAACCAUAGAGUAUAAAGAAUAAGGUGUCUUGAGGAGGCAAGCCAUAUGCAACUUGUUACUCAGUAAAAACUGAACUUCUGUGGAUAACUUGGAAACUUUGUCUGAGCCUCUGGAACUUCCAGGCCCAACGGAUAUUUUAGGGAUCCCAAAAUAUAUUGAUGGAAGAAACAGAUAUUUGCAAAUCAUUAAUUUAUAACAUGAAUAGGCUGGCUGACUUUAGUUUCAGUAGGGUAAAAAGUGGCUUUUGCUGUUGCAACAAAAACCAGCCUCAACAUCUGGCGAUAGGGACAUGGCCAUUCAGUUCCAAUCCGCAUGUCAGGCAAAUACUUUAUUGCAGGGAUUGGCAAACAGUGGUCCACAGUGUGUCUGUGAAGAACACUUAAUAUUUGAGUUUUUUGAACUUCUAUGUAUUCAAAUUGUAAUACAAUAAAAUAUAAUACAGUGGUACCUCGGGUUAAGAACUUAAUUCGUUCUGUAGGUCCAUUCUUAACCUGAAACUGUUCUUAACCUGAAGCACCACUUUAGCUAAUGGGGCCUCCUGCUGCUGCCACGCCGCCGGAGCACGAUUUCCGUUCUCAUCCUGAAGCAAAUUUCUUAACCCGAGGUACUAUUUGUGGGUUAGCAGAGUCUGUAACCUGAAGCGUCUGUAACCUGAAGCGUCUGUAACCUGAGGUACCACUGUAUAAGAAAUUAAAAAGUAAUAAAAAUACAAUUAAAAAUGAUACAGCACCUAGCACAGCACAUUACAAUUUCUACAACAGACAGAAUAAACAUCAAAUGGUCCAACAAGACGCUCAGCAAUUUUCAAGUGACCUAUGGGGGGAAAGUUUGGGAAGAGGGUAGGGGCUGGGUAGAUUAAUUUUAAUCAGUGACUUAAAUUGGCAAGAAAAAAGACUGUUUUAAAUCAAGUUUCCAAUUGAUAACUUUCAUAUAUUUCUUAAACAAAUCUGACAAAAUCAUGUUAAUUUUCAAUUCAACAUACAGUGGUACCUCGGGUUAAGUACUUAAUUCGUUCCGGAGGUCCAUUCUUAACCUGAAACUGUUCUUAACCUGAAGCAACACUUUAGCUAAUGGGGCCUGCUGCUGCUGCUGCGCCGCCGGAGCACGAUUUCUGUUCUCAUCCUGAAGAAAAGUUCUUAACCCGAGGUACUAUUUCUGUAAUCUGAAGUGUAUGUAACCUGAAGCAUAUGUAACCCGAGGUACCACUGUAUUGUAUAGUGUUACUUACGCAGUUGCUUUGUUCUUACAAUCAGACCUUUCAUCUCUUCGUUGCAGUGUGUAAAUUUUGUAUGCUUUUUUCACCUAUGGGGGAAAGUUUUUAACCUAUUUAUACAUAUAUUUUGACUAGGUUCAAGCCGUUUUUUCCAUUUCAAGUUGUGCCACCUGAAGAAUUUAGAGAUUGGAAUCUCAGUAUACAAAAUUUUUCACUAACUGAAGGACGACUGAAAGUUUCCUUAAUAGAAUGUUCAAGGUAUGUUCUUGGUACUCUCUGCAUGUCUGGUUUCACUGAAUGUCUUCCAUUGGAUUUCCCUUGUGGAUUGUGGAAUGGGACUGUAGCUCUUAAAAAUAAAAUGAGUUUGUUAACCAACACUAUUUAAAAUUAAUUCCUAAAUAUGUGUUCCUUUACAUUAGUUUGCUUUUCUCUGCUAAUUACAAAGUCGAUUAGGAGCUGUUGCUCGCAGCUUCUAUUAGCACAUUUUCUUCUUCUUCUUUUUUUGUAUCUUCUUUUUUUUUUGUAUCUUCGAAAAUGUAUUUCAAAUGAAGAAUACCUUUUUUCAUUUUGUUGGUGUUCUAAAUGGAGUAGGAAUAGACUGUAACUGUAACACUGCUUCAUGCAUAAGUAUUAAUGGUGCAAUCAAGUGCUUGCUGUGUUCAGUGUGGUUUACUGCCAUGUAAAUUUGUAUAGAAGUACUGCCUUAGCACUUCUUGAGCAAAAAUGAGUAACUCUGUCAAGCAGAUCUUUAGAUAGCAAUUCAAAUUUAAAAUGUAUUGUCAACCCUUAAAACUCAUGACAAUUGCAAUUACUGAUCUGGUGUACUGAAAUCUAAGGGUGGUUGAUUUGGAGGCCGGGGAUGAUUAGCUUUUUGUUAUGAGCACAGCUUUGUUUAGUGGGUUCUAUAACAGAACAAAUAUUCAGAGUACUUGUUGACAGUUGCACUUAGAACAUCAAGUUUAUAAUACUAAUAGCUCCCUGCCUCUGAUAUCUGCAAGGUUUUAAUUGUUGAAAGAUUCUAAAAACAGAACCGAUGAUAGGAGCUGUCAAGCAGAUGAAAUACAGAUGAUUCUCUUGACAGAGUAAUGUAAAGUAUAACAUCAAAAUAGCAGACAGCAGUAUAUGAAUUACAUUUUAUCCGCUGGUAUUUUAAUAUUUUAGUGUGCAAGACAAAUCCGUCCUCCUUGCUGAUGAGUCCUUGCAGAGCUACAGCCCAGCAGCUCAUGGCAAUGGGAUUGAGAAGGACUAUUGGGCCUGAUCCUUUUGCCAGCUCUAGGCUGUAGACUGUGCAUGAUGCUGUUGUGAUAUGGUAGUUAGACUUACUUGGGAUCUGGUAGAUCCUGGUCCGGCUUUUAAAUAUGAUCAUUAUUUUUUCUUCCUAUCACACCACUUCUGUGAUGGUGUUAGGUGUGCAUGCCAGAAUAUGGAAGCAUGCAUGUCUUGAGUACUAGGCUGUUAAUACAAAAUUGAUCAAUUAAAAUAUGAUCAAUUUUCUUCAUUCUUUAUCACUGUUACAUAUGUAGUAAUAGUGCAAGAUUCAACUUUCUGCCUACUUCAGUGUGCAUGUUAAGUUUUUGAGAAAUUGAGAAACUGCAUCUGAACAAGUUCAUGUAUCCUCCUUUCCCACUAGAGGGGGCAAGUGCUUUAUAAAACUUCUGAUGUUACUUGUGCUACAUUUGUCAAGUAGAAUCAUGUGGGCUUAGCUAUACAUUCAAGUUAUUUAAUAUUUUAAGCAGUUCCUUAAUAUGGGCAAAUGUUAAACCAAUUACAAACAAUGAAUGAUGGCUUAAAAUAUAUGUUUGUGUUAAUGCUACUGAUAUUCUUGUGUUGCAGAUUACUUAUUUUUGGAUCCUAUGAGAGAGAAGUAUCUAUUCAUUGCACAUUUGAAUUGGGUGAAAAAGUUUGGGAAGAAAAAGAAAGAUCUUUUAUCAAGACGGUAAAUUAUAUAUGUGCUAUUUUAUAUUAUUUUUAUGUGAUGGCUCAUAUUUCCCCUCAUUUCACUUAAUAACUUGACAAGCAAGCACAAUUGAAUACAAAGUACUCACUUCUUGUCUCUAUCUAAGAAGUUCAUGAGAUAAGACCAAUAGGAAACCCCUCCACCUUUAAGAAUAUGCACAUGAAGUAGCUAUGUAACCUUUUACCCAAUUACAUCAAAAAUUUUGUUUAAAUAAAUAGCACUGAAAUAUUACUAUGAAUACAGUGUAUCAGAAUAUUAAGGGCAGGAUCUAUUCCUCACACACUCACCUACGCCGCUCCCCACAUUCUUUGAGAGAGAUUUCUGUAGAUCCCAAUGGAAAUCUCCCCUGUCAAUUCUUGGGCCAGCUAAUGGACAUAAGGAUUGGCCCUUGUGCUCUUCCUGUACAUAUAUACAGUUGUUGUUUUCCUCCCUGGGCCCCUGGCCUUCAAAUUACAGUCAUACCUUGGAAGUCAAAUGGAAUCCAUUCCGGAAGUCAGUUCGACUUCCAAAAUGUUUGAAAACCAAAAUGCGGCUUCUGGUUGGCUUCUAAAAGCUCCUGCAGCCAAUCGGAAACAGCGUUAGCCCUAUCGGACAUUCAGCUUCCAAAAGUAGUUCGCAAACUGGAACAGUCACUUCUGGGUUUGCGGCAUUGAGGAGCCAAAACAUUCGGGAACUAAGCUGUUGGACUUCCAAGGUACAAUUGUGCUUGAAUCCCAAUCUUUAGUGGUGGGCAGAAGUCCAAGGGAAAUAAGCAACACUUGGUGAAAGUGCGGGAGUCGCAUUGGUCUCCCUAUUCUGUGUAUCAGCUCCUUUUUGCACAGAGGGCCAGUAAGGGGAAGCAAUCUAAAUACAUCUGGAGGUUUCUGCAGGAUUUCUUUUGCAAAUAAAUACCACCUGCCCACAACCCAAUUGCGUACUUUGUAAAUAUGUGUUUCUUCCCUUAACAUACAUAGUAGUUACAUACAUUUCAGCACCAGAUGGCAGUAUUACUACACAUAUAACUAGACAGCAGAGUAGGAAUUAGACCAGCAGGAAAGAGAGAACUGUGUUUUAAAAGAAGUUAAAAACUGAUUAUGAUGUGUGUGUUGUGUUUUAACCUACAAGAUGUUUAUUCUUGACAUUAUGGUGAUACCAGAAACCAAUUACUCAAAUUGAAAAAAUGUUUAAAACCAGGGUGGAUUUGAUUUAAAUCGAAUCGAUUUAAAUAACGAUUUAAAUCACUAGUCAGCAAGGCUUGAUUUAAAUCAUUUUUUACAGAAAGGUUCAACCCUGCUGGCAUCCUCUUAAUAUUUACAACCAGAGGAAGGUUUCAUUUUUGGAAUAAUAAAUGUUCAGCGUAGUUUUUACAGUUACAUCAAAAAAUUACUGAUUUGGUUAUACCUAUCAGAAAUACAUAGAUAAUUAUGAAAUUAUUGUUUAUAUUUGGACAACUUUUCUGCUGUACUUUAUUGGAAGGAGAAAAAUAAUCAUUUCCUUAAUAACAAUUUAAACAAUUUAUUUAACUAAAACAAUAACAUUAUAGCAUAUGUAUCUAUGUUUGUUAACCGAUGUGGUUAAACAAUUAAAAAAACACCUUAGACUGAGUUUUAGCACACAUGAAAAACUUGAAACAAAUCCUCAUUUCCUGAUGAAUAGCCUUUGGGCUAUAAUGUAACUUAAAUAGAAAACUAUCUUUAGAAAGAUUUUUUCUCCAAAAGCAUUUUAUUUUAAAAAUCCAAUUUAAUUUUUUUAAAAAACUUAUUUUUAAAUUAUUAUUUUUUAAAAAAAACUUUGAUUUUUAUCCACCCUGUUUAAAACUUACUCAAGCUGCUAGUGAAAAUACUCAGAUUCUCCUUUACGAGCAGAACAAUAGUCUGGAACAUGAGUUGGCAGGGGACAAGAUUAAGUUUGCAAGGAAGAGAGACUUCAAGCUAGAUGAGUACUGUUUAAGGAAAUAUUUUAUGUGUGGUGACAUCAGUCAGGAGAGAGACAGAGGAAAUGUGUCCUUGUUACUUCUCUUUGACCUCUCAGUGGCUUUUGAUAACAUUUGGGCAUGGUAUCCUUCUGGAGCAGCUCUCUGAGUUAGGGGUGGCACCACUUUGCAGUGGCUCUGGUCCUACUUGGAUGGUUGUGUCCAGAAGGUGGUGCAUGGAAAGUAUGUUGUCAGCAAUAUGCUGAUGACACACAGCUCUACUUUUCCUUUACUUUUGUGGAUGUGGCAGUGGAUUUGCUAGACUGUUGUCUUUCCUUGUUAAUGGACUGGAUGAGAGCCAAGAAACUGAAGUUCAAUCCAGAUAUGACAGAGGCAUUGUUAGUGGGUGGUUCCCUGGACCGGAUGGAUGGGAAAUUGCCUGCUCUUGAUGGGGUUACACUCCCUUUGAAGGAGUUGGUAUGUAGCUUGGGGGUACGCCUGGAUCCUUUGCUGUCACUUGAGGCUCAGGUGGCCUUAGUGGCAUGGAGCACCUUCCAACAGCUUCGCCUGGUGGCCCAGCUGCGCUCCUGUCUGGGCAGAUAUAGCCUAAUUUCUGUUGUCUAUGCUAUGGUAACCUCUAGUUUACAUUACUGGAACGCAUCAUAGGUGGGGCUGCCUCUGAAGAUGGUUUGGAAACUUCAGGUGGUGCAGUUUGGCGGCCAGGUUGCUCACUGGGGCAAGACAGUUUGAGCAUAUUACACUGAUCCUGGCUCGACAAUUACAGUGGUGCCUCGCAAGACGAAAUUAAUUUGUUCCGCGAGUUUUUUCGUCUAGCGAAUUUUUCGUCUUGCGAAGCACGGUUUCCCAUAGGAAUGCAUUGAAAUUCAAUUAAUGCGUUCCUAUGGUCAAAAAAAGUCCAAACAAAGCCAAAUUUGGUACAACAAGAGUUUAUUAACUGCUCUUUAAAGUCACACAUACUUUAAAGAGCAUCUCAAAACUUGAAGGAACAAUAAAUUAAGUUUCUAAACAUGACAGGAACAACAUUUAAAAAUCAAAAAGGGUACAUUACAUUUUCUAAGACUCUGGGGACCACUCGAAGAAGGUUCCUCUUCCACUCUUUGCUUCUUGCUGAGGAACCUGUCCAUGGUCUGCUGCUUCAUCCGCCUUUUCAGCAGCUCCCUGAGAGGCAACAUGACCGUCGUAUCAAAAAUGUUCGCUUGGUCAUGUGCCACGUGCUUGUCAGGGUGGUGCCGCUCUGCAAAAGCCUGCACCUCCUUCCACUUCUGGCAAAUGUCCCUCAGUUCUUUGGAGGACAGCCGUUCCUCAGUUGCUUCCUCCUCUUCCAGCGAGGCCUGCUCCUGCGCAACCUCUGACUGCAGUUCAACCAGCUCCUGGGUGGUCAGCUCGUGGUCGUGCUCCUCCACCAGCUCGCAGACGUCCUCCUCUGUGACCUCCAGGCCCAUGGUCCUCCCCAAGGCAACAAUGUCCUGCACCACUGUCGACUCUGGUGCAUCAGAGUCACUUGGUGCCACACAGUCCGGCCACAGGCUGCGCCAAGCGCAAUUCAAAUUCCUCUGGCUGAUCCCCUUCCAGGCCGUGGUGAUCAUCUUCAAGCAGGUGACGAUGUCGAAGUGGUCCUUCCAGAAUUCCCGCAGGGUGAUGGUGGUGCAAUCAGUCACCUCGAAGCAUCGCCUGAAAAGCUCCUUGGUGUAGAGUUUCUUGAAAUUGGCGAUGACCUGCUGAUCCAUCGGCUGGAGCAGUGGCGUGGUGUUAGGCGGCAGGAACAUGAUGUUGAUGAAGCUGAACUCCUCCAACAAGUCCACCUCAAGGCCUUUAGGAUGAGCAGGAGCAUUGUCCAUCAGAAGCAAAGCCUUCAGCGGCAGGUCGUUGUCCAGCAGGUACUGUUUGACAGCAGGGCCAAAGGCAAGAUUGACCCAGUCCACAAACAGCACACGUGUGACCCAAGCCUUGCUGUUGGAUCGCCACAUGACACUCAGCCGCUCCUUGUCGACCUUGUGUUUCUUGAAGGCCCGUGGGUUCUCCGAGUGGUACACCAGCAGGGGCUUGAUCUUCAGGUCGCCGCUUGCGUUGGCACAGAAGAGCAGGGUCAGACGGUCCUUCAUGGGCUUGUGGCCAGGCAACUUGGCCUCCUCCUGUGUGAGGAAAGUCCUUUUGGGCAUCCUCUUCCAAAACAGCCCGGUCUCGUCGCAGUUGAAGACCUGCUGUGGAGCGUAGCCCUCCGUCUUCACAACCUCCAGGAACUCCAAGGCAAAGUCUUCAGCCGCAGGAACAUCAGAACUGGCAGCCUCUCCAUGCCUGACCACGCUGUGGAUUCCGGAUCUUGCCUUGAACCGGUCAAACCAGCCUCUGCUUGCCUUGAAGACUUCUGGCUCGGCCGAGGUUCCUGGCUGUUCCCGGAUGAGGUCUGCGUGCAAGGCCUUGGCCUUCUCACAAAUGACGGCCUCAGUCACUGUGUCCCCUGCACGCUGCUUCUCUUCUAACCAGAUGAGCAGCAACUUCUCGACCUCCUCCAGAACAGCUGGGCGGUUCUUCACGAUCCUGGUGACUCCCUUGGCUGCAUCAGUCGCAAGGAUCUUCUCUCUCAUCUUCAGGAUGGUCUCGAUGGUCGAUGGGUUCCUGCCAUACUCCCUGGCGAGGUCCGUCACACGCAUUCCACCGUCGUGCUUCCGGAUGAUCUCCUUCUUCAUCUCCAGCGUCACCUUCUCCUUCUUCCUCUCGCCGGCCUCCGCAGCAGCAGCCUUCUUGGGUCCCAUGGCAGCACAGCUGUUACCUUUGUAAACUCAGAAAAAGAAAAAAAAAAUCAGCAAUUCAAACCCAGAACCAAGUCCUUGAAUUCCAAACACCCAACCCAAAAUCCAAAAACCCCAAAAAAGUUUUAAAAGUUUAACUUACGAAAUGGCUGCAAAUCACCAAAGUCUUCAAAAUCCUCAAAUGGCUGCAAAAGAAGUUUUGGGAAAGCUUUAAAAAUCACCAAAGUCUUCAAAAACCUCAACUGUUCCCCCAGCCCCUCCCCAACUGUUGCAAACCCCUCCCCAACUGUUGCAAACCCCUCCUCAACUGUUCCCCCAGCCACCCAGCACACAGAAAUUCAAAACCCAGAAAAUUUUUCAAAAUAAUACAACAUGGCCCAAUGGUUACAGAAAACCAUAAAAAUUCAAAAAAAAGCACACAAGCUCCCAGAUUCCUGCAAACCCCUCCCCAGCUGUUCCCCCAGCCACCCAGCACACAGAAAUUUAAAACCCAGAAUUUUUUUUCAAAAAAAAACAACAUGGCCCAAUGGUCACAAAAAAUCAUAAAAAUUCAAAAAAACCCACACAAGCUCCCAGAUUCUUGCAAACCCCUCCCCAGCUGUUCCCCCAGCCACCCAGCACACAGAAAUUUAAAACCCAGAAAUUUUUUUCAAAAAAAAACAACAUGGCCCAAUGGUCACAAAAAAAAUCAUAAAAAUUCAAAAAAAACCACACAAGCUCCCAGAUUCUUGCAAACACCUCCCCAGCUGUUCCCCCAUCCACCCAGCACACAGAAAUUCAAAAAUUCAAAGCCAGAUUUUUUUUAAAAAAAAAAAUAAACAUGACCCAAUGGUCACAGAAAAUCAUAAAAAUGCAGAAAAAAACCACACAAGCUCCCAGAUUCUUGCAAACCCCUCCCCAACACCAAGUCCUUGAAUUCUAAACACCCCAACCCAAAAUCCAAAAAACCCAAAAAAGUUUCAAAAGUUUAACUUACCAAACAGCUGCAGAAGAAGUUUUGGAAAAGCUUCAAAAAUCCAGCAAACUCUUUAAAAAGCUCAGAAAGGCCACCACACCGCGUGCAAUGUGUUGCUCCUCGAGGUCAAGUCGCAACUGCACCUCUUCCAGCAAUGCACCCUGGGUUUUAACGGUUUUACGAAAAAGGAAACAAACUUGCAAGACGUUUUCGUCUUGCGAAGCAAGCCCAUAGGGACAUUCGUCUUGCGAAGCAACUCGAAAACGAAGAAACCUUUCGUCUUGCGAGUUUUUCGUCUUGCGAGGCGUUCAUCUUGCGGGGCACCACUGUAGUUUUGUGUCCCGGUGAAAGUGCUGGUUUUCACCUAUAAAGCCUUAAAUGGCUCAGGAUUGCAAUACCUGAAGGACCGCCUCUCCCCAUAUGAACUGACCAAGACCCAGUGAUCAUCAUCUGAGGCCCCUUCUUUGUGUGCUGCGAGGGUGGCAACACGAGAAAGGAGCCUUAUCUGUGGUGGCAAAGCCAGUGACAACGCUGUAGAGAGAGGUAGGAUAUCUUACACAGACUAUCCACAGGAUCAGAUGAAGCCACAGCCCUUCCAUUCAAAAGUAAUAUUUGAAUGGCGAGGAUGGGCGGCAUAGCUCCAUGGCAGAGCACAUGCUUUGUAAAUCAAAGAUCCUUGGUUCAAUCAUUACAACCUCCAUUGUAAUGAGGAACAUUCUGAUUUCCCCAUACCACUACUAUUUUUUGAAAUGUACACCUAUAAACGCUUAUGUAGAAAUUGAUCCCACUGAAAUAAAUGAAUUGUAAUGGAUUAGCAUGUGAAUAAUGGUCCUUUGUGACCUAGAAACAAAAUCACAGUAUAGGGAAUUAAAAUGUCAUAAGUCUGGAUAUUUUCAAACAAUUUCUUGUUUUGCAAGUUUAAAGAAAGAGCUAAAUUUGUUCAUGGGCAGUUGACAAAACUUACAAUAAAUUUUUUCUUACUAUAAAUUGCCCUCUAUAAUUAUUUCCACUUGCAAAAUACCCACCUUAGGUCUUGCUUUCAUACUUUUGUUAUGUAAGCAAUGACGAUAAAUUAGACAGCUUGAUGCACAAUAACUAAAAAUAGUGAGGCUUUAAUCAAAUCAUGUCCCUUUACAUAUUGGUGUAUAAUUGAUUUUGAACAAAGAUUCUAGGUUAUUAAACCUGUCUAGUACAUUACUUCAAAUGUCACUUACAAUGGAAGAUGGAUCUGUUUCAAGCAAAUUUAUAUGGUGCAUGGGCUGCAAUUUUCCACAUUGCCCCUAAUAUGCUAACAUUGCAAAUAAACCAUUACAUGGAGAACCCAAAUGUACAAACGUAUUAAUGGGAAAUAGUUGUGGUUGCACAUGGAUGCUGUUGAGAUAGUGUGGGCAUGGUAAUAGUGAAACUGCAUGUAGAAUCAAUACUAUUAUGCAACUCUGCAAAAGUUAAAUACUUCAGAUAAAAUAUUGUAUAUGAGAGGUCAGUACGUAUGGGAUUUCUGGAUUUAUUUAUCCAGUUCAAAGUUGAGAUUAAUACGGUAGGUGAACUUAUGAAGCUGCCUUACACCAAGUUAUCCAGCUUGGUAUUUACACUGAUGGGCAGCAGCUACAGGGUUUCAGACCAGAGUCUUGCCUAACCCUACCUAGAGAUGACAGGAACUGAGCCUUGGACCUUUCCCAUGCAAUGCACAUAACCUAUUACAGUGGUGCCCCGCAAGACGAAUGCCUCGCAAGACGGAAAACUCGCUAGACGAAAGAGUUUUCCGUUUUGGAGGUGCCUCGCAAAACGAAUCUGCUAUGGGCUUGCUUCGCAAGACGAAAAUGUCUAGCGAGUUCCUGGGUUUUUUUUUUCCUUUUCCCCCUCUUUUUCUAAGUCGCUAAGCCGCUUAUCUGCUUAUCCGAUAAGCUGAUAAGCUGCUAAAAGCCGCUAAUAGCGCUAAUAGCGCUAAUCCGCUAAUCCCAUCAAUGGGCUUGCUUCGCAAGACGAAAAAACCGCUAGACGAAGAGACUCCCAGAACGGAUUCUUUUCGUCUUGCGAGGCACCACUGUACCAAGCUACAACCCUUUUCAUAUGUUGUUGGCUGUGGAAUAUACAGUAGUUGUUGUAGUUGGAAAUUUUCCAUUACUAGAUUCAUUUUAAUCAGUAGUUGGAUAUGAAGUAAGGCAGGACUUUCCUUUAGACUUUAGAUGUUCUCCAUUAAGUGACAUUGAACAAACUAUUUGUUAAAACUGAAACCUGGAAAAUUAAACUAGUGUUAGUCUUUUUUCCAAACAAACAAAUUGUUGAGUCUUCCGAUUAACAAAGACUGCAUUUUCAUUGAAUACCAAACCAUGUUUUAGCAUUAACAGAAUGAACCAUAGUAAACCUUGGGUUUGCCUGCUAUCUGCUCUCCUUUCUCGCACUGCUCUGAAGAGAUGGUUUUGCUUCCAUUUUAGACUAAAUGCAAUUGGUCAUGCUUAGCCUUAACCACUGUCCCCCCCCCAUAAAAAUAGGUGCCAGUGCUCACCAUGAAGUUGUUAGAGUAAGUGCCACACUUUUUAACCAAAAAAGAGAGGUGCCAGUACUGCAUACCCUUACAUCCCCCCUGAAAAAAAGCACUGGCCUUAACUAUGGUUAGUAGAAACAAGCCAUCUUUAAACCCUGGGCUAUGCAGCUGACUUGCUUAUGCUAAACAUAGUUAAGGUUAGUCACGUUUUAAGGUUUCAACAAAGCCAAACUGUAGCUAAUCUUAAACAGAAGUAGAUGCUUCUGAUCUUCAGUUGGUCACUUUAGAGGAGGAGGAGGAAGGAGUGCACAAGCUCCUCAUACUGCUUUCUCUCAUAAUGCUGAAACAUAGUUUAGCAUUAUGUGCCAACUGGGUUAAAGAAAACAGUCUUACUAUAUCUCUACCUAUUGGUUGGCAGAUGAGGCAUUCUGAAUUUAAGUAGCUAUUAUAAAACAAGCCAACUUAAUCAUAUGGUUGAAUUAAUGUCAUCCAGUAAAUGGCCAACAAUGGAGGGUACCAAAAUUGAUGGCAUUCCUAGAGGGUUAUUAGCAUUAAUGGCUAGAGAACACAACUGGGGUCCAUUAUGCUGCUACUUCACUGGUAGAUGACUACAAGGAACUCUGUUGUUGGCUUGAGCUGGAUUUUCAUGACACCCAAUGUAAUAAACAUAUCAAAAUAUGUAACCUUAUUGGGUCCUCCUUUAGUUUUUUUUCCCCAUUGCAAGAAAUUGCAGUAGAUGUGGCAUGAUACAUACUCUAAUAAAAUGCCAUUUUUUCAACUACUUGGUAAACUUGAAGUAGUUGUGAAAUAAUAGUGUAAAUAGACUCAGUCAAAUGUCUCUCAGUAAUAGUAUUUUAGUGAGCUUACUGAAGUCUGCCAUUUCAGUCUUUAAUCCUGUCAAAGGAAAGAACUGAGAUUAAGGCAAAAAAACAAAUAAAAAACCUUCCAUUUUUGAAAAUGUCACUUUUUAUGAAAAUACCAAGUCUUGUAAAACUUAGCAUUUGAAAAUACAACGGGGGAUAAUUUUGAGACUUGCAUAACUUUCUGUAAUCCAUAUUGCAUGUAAAAUGGAAAGCUGUCUGCUUUCUCAUGUUGAGCAUUAACUAUUUGGCUUAUUUAGUAACUGCCUUGAUUUAAAGUUGUUAUAUUCUGUUGAAAUAGCUUUCCUUUAUCUUCUCUUUCCUGGCAACAGUUGCAAACAUUACCCUGAUGUGCAUAUUAUUAUAAUAAUGUCUGCAGUCAUAUGAUAUCUGUCCUUUCGCUCCAAGAUCCUUCCAAUAAAUAAAGGACAUAAUUUUGUACAUACUGUGAAUGCACCAAGGUGUGGUUUUUUUAGCUGAACUUGGCUACUUUGGAUGAGGAAAAGUCAAGGUGUUCCCGGUCCUGUUUUAUGUUACAAUUUCCCCGUUCUUAACUCUGUUCUUGAAACAGCAGGUUUACUAUUAUUAAUUAGUUAAUUAAUUAUUGUUUGGAUGGCUUAGGUGUUAAUGAUGGUUCAGUGCACUGUAACACAUGUUUUGUAAAGGAAUAUGUUAUCCUAGGGUAUAAACUUAACUUGGUUUAUUUUCUUUAAGCAGCUACAAAUCCUAAAAGAAACAAAGAGGAGUAUUUAUUUUUCACAGAUGCACUGUGCUGACAAUCCAUUUUGUAUUCUCAUGGUAAUCUGUUCUAUUGCUUAUAUAAAUAUUGGACACAAGGCAGAGUUUUCAGUAUUACUUGCAGACAGCCAUGUUUCUCAUUUGAAAUUGAUUUACAGUGACAAGUGAUUUCAGCUAUAAAGGUGGACUCAGCAUGAAAGCUAAUUAUUUGUGUAAACAAUAUGGCCUGUUUGUAAGAGUGAUAACAAUGUUUGUUUUCUUGACCCAACUAAACAUGAUGGUUUCCAAGUAAUGUGCUUAGUUUCAAAUGACUUUCUAAAGCAUAUGUGAUAUAUUAUACAGAAAUGUUGCUGCCUGGUUACAAGGUUCCAGCGUAAACUAGUUAACAUUGUGUCUGUGUAUGUGUGUGAUUUACUUGGGAGUCCUGGCUUAUGUUCAAACCAGAGUUUCUCAAAAUAUGGUCUGCACACUUCAUUCAGGUAGUCCUUGGAAACGUUGCAAAACAGUCAUCUGUCCUUGGCCCUGCAAGUACAUAUCUAAAAGAGAGGCAAAGAUGAAAUGGUUCAAGGGCCAAUUGUCAUUCUUGGUGUUCUGGUUCAUAGCUCCUGCAGCCUUGUUUAGAAUCCGUUCCUUCUGAAGCCAAGUGCUGAUAUCAUAGUUGUUGUUGUUUCUCUUUGGACACAUUAAACAUGUUUUAUGACUACAUGAACAAACUAGAAUGAGCAGAGUGAAGCCUCAGAUUAAUAUGCUACCUCACCUCCUCCCAUAUGACCAAGAAAAGGACUUCUGGCAUGUAGACUACAAAUUUCUACAAAUACUGGCUUGUCAGUUAUGGCAUAAAACAAACGCUUUAAGUUUCAGAACAAGCCAACUUCAAGCCAUGGAUUGUGAAGCUGACUUGUUUAAUUUAACCUUAAACCAUUGCCCCUGAUUUGUGUUUAAUAAGAAGCCCAGGAUUCAUGGAAAUUGAAUGUAAACAUGCCAGUUCUAUUCCCAGCUGUACAGGGUGAGUUGGGGGGAGGGGGGACAGAGUACAUGAGGCCAAGACUUUGCUCAGGCUUAUUCUAGAUCAUGUAUAUAGUUCUAAACUAUGGUUUAACGUUAUGUGCAAACCAGCCUCUUCUGCCCAAAAACAUAUUUUUGCAAGUUACUGGAACAAGCUCAGUAUCAAGCAACAAAUAUAUUGCCUUACCGAGCAUUUCCUCUCAUUGUUACUAGAAAGAUGUUCUAUGAUAGUAAUGAUCUCAGUUCUCGGAGGAGAGCCUACUCUUUUAAUCUUCCUUUAUAUAUAUAUAAAAAAAACGGCCAUUUACUCCUACUUUUGCUUGUUUCCUUCUAGCUCGUUGCCAGUCUAUAUAAGAGGACCUUCCUUCUUACUGCAUGAUAACCAUAUUUUUUAGAAGCCUUUGAUAGGGGAUUCCUUUCUAAAAGGUUUGGAAUUCAUUUCACCAGGUUGUCCUUAUCUUCAUAUUUGGUGAUACUCCAGAAAGCUACUGAGGAAUGACUUCCCUUUUAAACAUGCUAAACUGAUGCUUUCUGAAUGUUUAAUUGUUAAUAGGCGCUUUCUUCCAGUUUGCAUUUCUGAGACAGAAACUAGGUUGACAGAUCUGAGUUUUCUGGAUCUUCUCUGGGUGUAUUUAAAACUUGGCUUUACAUUGGCCAUCUUCCAUAUACCUGGCAAAGGGAGUGUAUGAUCUUUUAGGAGAGAAUGUUCAAAAUUUAAUAAAGCCUUAAGCCCAAAUAUGAAUUAUGGGGAGGAAGAGGGGAAAGGCACAAGAGAUAACCUACCAAAAGCAAUAAAAAAAAAAUACCAUGGUGGAAUUCAAAGUAGCACUAAGAAGAGUCAGUUAUGCCAGCACAAGAAUUAUUGUGCUGGCAUAGCUAUCACCUUCGCAUGACUUACAUGACAGAAUGAUCUCUCCUGUCCUCCCGCCACAUGCUGUUCUGGGGACUCUCCUGACCCCCUAUAGCUGAUGGGGCACAAAGGGGAAGGUGUCAAGGGAAAGCCUUGUUGUACCAGCUGGACUUCUUGUGUUGGCUUCUGCUAGCACAGCUAUUUAGUUGAAUCUGGCCAAUUGUGUUACAAACUAAUAAUACUGAGAGUGACAUUUCCAGUCAUAUUUCUUCCUAUCAAAGGGUUUUUGAAGUACACUGAUGUGGUCUGGUUCACAUAUGUUAAUAAAUUAUUUAUUAUGGGUGAACCCUGUACACUACUGAGAUUUUUUUAUGUCAAAAAACAUGAUCAGAAGCUUAUUGUUGACUUGUGAACCUUAGUUUAACUAUGACUGUGUUAACCUGCAAACCUGCCACACCUCCUUAGCCAUGGUUUGUUCAGCCACCCCAUAUCAGGUGCUUACCAAACCAGAAAGGCACAGGGCAAAAGAGAAACAUAUCAAACUUUGGAGAAACAAGCCAUGGUUUGUUUGAACUUCUGUGGGACAACUUGUGCUUUAUUAAACCAUUGUUUACUGUUAUUGUGCAAAUCAGGCCAGUGUUGGGUCUGUUCUCUGCCCCUGUCAAGUGGUAGGUGUUAGGGCAUAUGACUGUCCAAAAAUGUUUGUUUUCUUUACAUUGCUGUCUCCUUAUUUUUACUUCUGUGCUAAAGCAUUUAAUCAUCCUUGAAGGGAAAGUGGCAUUUAAACAAUCCAUAAAUUAAACUUAUUUUUGUACAAUAAAACUCAAAACAAUAUUGGUUGAUUUAAUGACAUAGAAACAUAAUUCCAUCUUUACUUUUCCAAGCUAUCAAAUCAUUUAAAUGCCAUCAUACUGUAGAAUCUUUUCACUUUUAAUUAUUUUACCACACUCGUGUUUAGAGGAUAUUAAAGUAUAUAGGUCAAAGGAUAUGAGCCACCAGAGUUCAGUGAUGAAAACAUAGGUUUACUCUUCAUGAUUUUCUGCUGACAUUUGAAAGCUAACAAAUUUCCUCAGUAGGAAAUAAAACUGCCUUAUUGAUGUAUUAUGGUAAUUGACAGAACUGCGUGAUCUUAAAAUGAUAAGGUAACAUAGAUCCCUUUGUUUGCAAAUAGGAACAAAAAGGGCAAAAAUGUAGCAUUCUUUCUGUCUCUAGGACUUCAGUCCUUGCAGAAUUUCCUGAAUAUUCUACUCUUUGAAAGGCUCACAGAAAAUAUCAUUUUUAAAAAAGUAUUAAAAGCACAGACAGUUUUCAGCUGCAUAUAUAGAGAUGAAAUGUCAAAUUACUACAUGCAGAGGAAUAAUAGUCAUGAUAUACUGUGCAAAUAAUACUGAUAUGUUUCACAAAUACAUUGUGCUCAAAGCAGUUCACAAAAAAAUUUAAAUAAAAUGAUAAUUAUAGUAUAAAAUUGCCAGUCAAACAAUUAGUUUAUUUAAAAACCUUCUUCCCUCCAAUUGUGGUUAAAAUUUACCCCACUGAUACUUUUCUUUACACCUAAGUAGUCCCUCUUGAUAUAUCAUCAUCUGCACAGUUGUCACCUACCCAGGGUACUCCCAAAUUUCAACCUUUAAGUUUUAUUUCUGUCAGCAACAACAAAAACCUGUGAAAUCUAUUGAUUUCUGCCACUGAGGUGCUUUUUCUGUCUCAGCCACUGUUAGCAUAUUGGAGUAACAAAUGUACCAUGCAGUUUUUAAAACAAAAAUCAACCCAAGGAAGCAGAUAAGUGCCCUUCUUCUGAUAGAAAACACAUUGCUUUUGUUUUGGAACAUUUUACUUACCAGAUGCAUAUUAGAAUUUCACUUGGGAUAGUAAAACAUCCCCCUCCCCCCAAAUUACCUAUGUUAUUAUCUUAGUUUCAGCUUAAGAAUUAUAAUAUUGGGGUAAAAAAAUCCUAGAUGGUUUUUCAAACAAAAGCAGUUACAGGGAAGCACAUGAAAGCAUUCCUGACACACAGCACAUGGCACUGUUGGGGUCAUUCUGCUUCCCUGAGAUACACUGAAAUUUGGUUUAGUCAGCUGCUGUUGAAAAGUGAAAAAUACAGCACAGUGUAAUGUUGAACAAUAGUCCUUGGGGGGAAAUAAACACAAAGAGGUAGAAACAUUUUAUAGCUCAGGAAAAAGAAAUGGAAAAGCAGAAGAGACUAUUGGUACUUAGGAAACCAUAGACAAGGGGUGCUAUCCUAAGAUGUUCUUUUUAUGUUACGUAUAUUCUGCUUACAGAAGAGCUAGCUUGCACCUUGUGCUAGAGCUAUGCACUGAAAAGCGAAAUAGUUUUGAAUCUUGCUCUACUCAGCCUGGGACAGUUUUUGGAAAUGAAAUGCCCUUACUGAUGGUGAAGAGGGAGGGGCCUUGGUCUGCACCAAUGGAAUGUCAUAUUGUCCUCUAAUCAAGGGGAUCAGAGAUUUAAUUUGAAAUGCUGCAUAAUAGAGUCCUAGAUUGGGCAUUCUGAGACCUCCCUUAGAUCUAUGCCUAAAUAAUGUUUUAUAAUUUAUUCUAUAUUUUCCCACUAGAUGAAUAGAAUUAGAAUUUCUAUUCAUAGAAAUAGAAUUAGCUGUCAUUGCCAUUUUUUUAAGAAAAGAGGAGGAAAUAUGGAUGGGCAAAACCUGGAAAAAAUAUGAAAAAUUUGGAAGAAUAGACAUUUUAAUCCCAGCUAUUCUGCCAAGUCAACUGCGAUUUCUAAAGGCAGUGCUGAUGGCGUGGAGAGAUUGGGACUCAUUUCUGGCCCCCAAACCCUCUUGAUUCUCUCCCCCCCCCCCCAGCUCUUCUUGCAGUAUUUGAAAAUUGACUUUAUGAGUCAGUUAAUGUGAGAUUGUACAACAUUUUGCAAUAACUGAUCCAUGCUCAAGUGCUAUAUUAGAGGAAUCUUUUCUAUCCGUGGCUGUCAGAAUUGAAAUAUGAAAAAUCAAUUGUUUUCCAUUUUUUCAGGACUGAGAGAACAUCACAACUGCAUUUAGCAAGAACUAAAAGUCAAUGAGUAAUAACCAUUCAGCAUGAGUUACACUAGCAUCUUUUUCUAAAUUGCUUUCUUUAGAAGAGGAACAGAAUUGCAUGUAAAACCAAUGGCUUCCUUUUUACAUGGUGCAGACAUUGUCCUCCUAAAUGCUGGUUACCCUGUUGUAGUUGUUUGUAUCUGCUGCUUCCAUAAUUGCCAUUGCUUGGAAUACCUGGGCAAUUCAUGCUAAUCGCUAAAGAGAUUGCGUCUUGCAUGUCACAGAAACUGGUUAUUUCUGAGUGUUCUGAAAAAUUACUGCUUUGCAAUUCGAAGGUAAACAUAAGCUAUUACAAGUAUGCCCAGAAAAGCCCCCUUUUAUAUAAAUCAUAUAUUCUAACAGUAGAGAAUGUUUUCUAAGUUGGGAAAAUAUGAGCAUUUGUACAUAUGAAGUUGUCAGACGUUGGUCCAUCUAGCCCUGUAUUACUCAAACUGUCAGUGGCUCUCCAACUUCUCAGGCAGUUUAACUUUUCUAGCUCCACUAAUUGCUUUCCUUUACUAGAUGGCAGGGAUUGACCCCUCUGCAUGCAAAACAUAUGCCAGGGAUGGCCUGUUCUCUUGUGUUGCCUGAGGUGUCCCCCACCCUUCCACCCCUGCCAAAGCUCUGCUUACUAGGGUCAUGCAAUGGCAGCUUCCAGCAAGAUCUCACAGAACUCUCCCAAGAUCUCUGCAAAAGCCACCAUUGCAGCCACACGACCACAGUAAGGAGUUGUAACCCUUGCUUAGAGGAAUCUGGGUAAUAACUGCACUUAAUGAGGUCCAUGGUGUAGGGGCCCAUGAAAGGUUUUUCCUUGUGGGGGCUCCACACCUGUUGAAUGAACUCCCCUCUGAGGUGUGUCACACUCCAGCAUGUUUUUUUGUUUCGUCAGCAGGAAAAAAUAUGUACCUUUUUGCCCAAGCCUUUGGGGAGGGGUGGUGGUGCCAGGUGGCUGAACGGGUCAGUGCAUCUGGCUUUUAACCAGAAGGUUAGUGGUUCAGGUCCACCCAAUGACAGCUGUGGGCAGGAUUCCUCAUUGCAGGCUAUUGGACUAGAUGAUUUCUUGGGGUCCCUUCCAGCUCUAUGACUUCUAUAACUUCUGUUGAGAGAGCCUCAUUUUGCAGCUGCUGUUGCGAUUUUAUUGGUAUGUGUUUCAUAUUGUUAAUAAAUCAGUUUUAGAUGUCUGUUGGGGGCUGCCAGGUGCCAUCAUACCCACAAAUGCCUUCAUUGGCAUGCCCAGACACUGAGCUUUUAUUUAUUUUUAAAAAGUAGUCCUAGAAAAGUAGUUAUGAAGCAAAAUGUGCAGGUACACUUCUAAGUGAUUUCUCUUAAAUGAGUUAACCUGGGUGUUCCCACCUGUCAGUGUCCAUCAUAAAUGUAUAAGUUUUUCUGUCCCUGGUUUUGCAGGCUUUUUGUUUGCUUCAGACUGUACCUGGAAAAAACUUACUGUUCCUCUGAGAAGGGAGACAGAUGUAUUUACCUGAUGCCCAUAUGAUGUUUUUUGAAAAAAGGAAAUGGGAAAUAGUUUGAGCUUAGUUUAUCCCUUACAGCAAUAAAUGCUCUGUGAUUUCAAAUCACUUCAUCUUUAGUAAAAUAAGAUUUUUGAAUGCAAAAUAUGUUGAUUUGCAGCAUUUCAGAUUAACUUCUGCUUGAGACCCUGAGCACUACUUGUACUGAAAGAAGCAAAUUGUUUGCCACAUGGUUUUGAAUACAGCAUAUGAUAUCUGUAGAGCUGAUCUUAAUUUGGUUUUCUUUUUCUGUUAACUGGCUUGAUUAAAGUCAUUGAUCACAUAGUGUUCUGCUGAGUUGGAGUAUGCUAUAGUUCACGUAACAUGCUUAUAUUCAACUUUAUUUGAUAAAAAACAUUCAUUUUUGCAAACAUGGAUAGAAAAUGACAUUGUUCAUUAUUGAUCAGUCCUGUUUUAAACAUACCACAUUUUGUAAGACAGAUUUGUCUAGAGAAAACAUAGCAACCUUAUGCAUUAAAUCUUUAUUAGAUACCAGAUUAAAUGUCAUUUCAUUUUACAAUUUAUUUCUUCCCAGGCAGAACUAAUAAAAGGAAAUUCACCAAGUGUUGGACUCACUCUUCGCCAAAUACAAGUUAAGGAAGGUGAAACAGGGCAUGUUGUCAUUGAAACUAUCACACCAAACUCAGCUGCAGCAGCUGCUGAUCUUCAGAGAGGGGAUAGGCUUAUAGCUAUUGGAGGUAAGUAGUAAAACAACUUGGAUAAAACUGUGUCAGAUCCAUCUUUAGCUAUCCUCUCUGGACCAGCUUCCCUAAUACUAUACUAGUCCCUUCUUCCACACAUAGCAUAUUGUUGUUGUUGUUCACUCCUGUCCUGUACUUAAGUGACCUGAGGUUUAUUUAUAAGCUCUUCUUGCUUUCUUUUCCAGUUGUAACUCCUUUUCCUCAAGCCCUACUCUCUCUCUACAUUUUCUUUGGGCUCAUUUCAAUCCAUACUUUGUCCUGCUGCUUCACCCUCCUAGAGCCAGUGUGCUGUUGUGGUUAAGAGCGGUGGACUUGUAAUCUGGUGAACCGGGUUCGCGUCCCACAUGCAGCUGCUGGGUGACCUUGGGCUAGUCACUCUUCUCUCUCUCUCAACCUCACUCACCCCACAGAGUGUUUGUUGUGGGGGAGGAAGGGAAAAGGAGAUUGUUAGCCGCUUUGAGACUCCUUAGGGUAGUGAUAAAGCAGGAUAUCAAAUCCAAACUCUUCUUGGCUUUCUUUCCCUCAGGUUUUUGUUUUGUUUUGACAUCGUAAAACCUCUUCCCAGUUCCAAGCCUGCCUGUGUAUGAGGUUCCAAUCCUGUCAGCCCUAAGCUGUUAGUUUUACCUACCCUUGGAAAAACAGACACAGUAAAAUCUUUUUUCAGUUCUGUGGUUCUAGGUUACACCUACAGUUUGUUCUAAUCCAAAACUGUGUUUUUGUGCCUCUUGCUGUUACUUGCUGUAAUGCAUUACUGUAGAUUUAAAGCUUCCUUAACACCUGACUUCCAUAAUUGCACUGAAAGCAUCUGAAGAUCAAUAUAAACACAUUUAAAUUGUUCCUAUUCAGGCAUGUUUUCUCCACUCAUUAGACAUUUCUUUGUUUACGUGCAAUUGUGUUUUUCUUUUUCAUGAAUACAUUUUUUUUAAAGUUUAUUUACACUUCAAUCCUAUGAUCCCUGAGAUGGGAUCCUAGAGGAUGUUUAGAGAAUCUCUUUCCCGGGUAGAGAAAAAGAGAGAGGCCCACUCUUGGGUGAGUGAGAUUGAUCUUGUGAGCUGUCUCCUAACCAUUAUGAAACUAUAGCACCCUUGCAUUGCAGAUGUCAGUAGUAUAGGAGCCAGCUCCUAGAGGGGCCGAGGGGGUUUUGCCAUUCAAAUGGUGUGCGUGCACUGCGUCAUGUGAUUGAUUAAGUGGGGUGGAGCUUACCUGGGCCCUCCCAAUAUUUUAUUCAAGUUGGCACCCCUGGUCAGUAGAGACAUAAGGGGGGCAAGGAAAAUGUGCCAGAGGAAGCCCUCCCAUUCUCCAGCUCACAACUGAAGUAUGGAACAAACUAUGCCAGUCCUGGACAUGACAUUUCUCGCCUGCCCCCCACCAUUCAAAAACAGUAGGGGAGGGAUCAUAAAAAAGGUGGAGGAACCAGAAGGAAAGACGGGGGGGGGCGCUGCUCCCUUCCUUCCUUCUGCCCUGCCACUUCACACCCAAUAGAACUUUGGAAUCUGAGGGUCCACUAAUUUCAGUCCCCACCCCUCCUUGAUGGACCCGUGGAAUUGCUGUGUUGGAAAGAAAUUUACCUACCCCAGUGCCUGCAAAUCAAAAGCAAAAGGCACUGACACUGUUCCUGGUAUGUAGUGUACCAGUGUGAUGCAGCUGCUAGAGUAUGUGUGGAUAAUGCAGAUUCAAAUUUGCAUUUGGCAAAGGGUGACCUUGAACCUAGACUUCACUCAUGUGGCAGGGGGGUGGGGAAGGCAGAUUUUACCCCAGCACCAUUCUAGAAGGUUGGAAGGUACAUUAGAGGUAUAGCACAUCACCCUCUUGGAUAUUUUAAAUGUGAAUGGGGUUCAUCUGAAACCACCUUUUGUUAAAAUCUUCUAGAUGGUAUCACAAUGUUUCUUACCUGGCAGAACUACAGGGUGGUUUUUUCCCCAGCAGCUGUUGCUUCGCAGUUUCACUUCCCUGGCUAUUGCCUGUGCGUAGAUUCCAGCUGUACCUAAACAUGGAUCAUGGUUUUUGCAGGCACUAUGGGCUGAUGCAACAAUAAUUAUUGAUAAAUUAUUACCUAGAGACCUGAAAAAUAUAUAAAUAAUUUGGCCCAUAUCACAUGAUUAGGCACCAACCAUUCUGAAAUUGAGGAAGUAUUUUGGGUUCUUGUGCAACAAUAUCCAGUAAUUCGGAGUUCACGAAACAGAUUCCUGAACAUUUUUCUAUAUGUGGUAUUCUGGUAUAUUAGCAACUUACUUCUGUAAGUUCAUAUUUAUUUCUUCAUCAUCAGUUGGAGUGACAAUAAUGAAAAUAUUCUCCAUGGCUCCGGUUUGUGUUAAUAUCUUGUGUCUUCUUCCUUGAAUCAGGAAUGGUUGACAUGGUUAGCUACUGAACAAAGUGUUUCACGCUGCCAUGUUUGAUGGUACCAAUCCCCUUUAGGAUCAGUAAGGAACUGAAUUCAGGUGCCUACCACCCUACCACUAGGAGGGGCCAGAGUUCCAUUUCACAUGUAUGCUGUCAAAUCUGAUUGUCUUGUUCAUCAUGGAAACAAGAUAUUCCGGUCAAAGUGCUGCCAAGAUCUCCAUGUGUCGGGCCCUUUCUGUGCACACAGUUCCCAGUCAGCAGAAUCUGGUGUUUGGUAUGACCAUUGUCCUCAUUGAAACAGGGCAUGAAUGUUUUAUAAAGUCAGCUAUAUAUUUUUUUUUCAUUACUGUUGAUUCUUGGAUUUUUUUCUCUUUUUUGACAGGAGUGAAAAUUACAUCAACAAUACAAGUGCUAAAGCUCAUCAGACAGGCUGGUGACAGAGUCAUCGUACAUUAUGAGAGGCCUGUUGGCUAUAACCAACAGAAUUCAGUACCGCAAGAUAGUCUUGCACCAUUUGUAAACUCAGUGUUUCCAGAUGAGGAGACAUCAGCAGAUCUAGAAAACAAAGAACUAGAUUUACAAUUUGAGGAUUUGGCAAAUGAAUUAAAGUCAUAUGAACCCGGAGAUGAUUCUUCAACCAGCCCCAAGCAUACCACAGUGUCAUCUACAGCAAAACCACCUGGAACUGUAUCACCGCUACCAAGCCGCAAGGGACAUUUUGGAAGUCCUCAGGCAACUGGAAAGGCACUUUUCAGAGAGGCAGCCAAACAAGUGGUACAAAAAAGUUCUGAAAAUAUAGAUGCAACCCACCAAACAAACAAACAGACAAGUAAACCUCCUGUCCCACCCAGGCCACAGUUUAAAAUCACACCACUUCCUAAUGAAGUUCAAAAUACACUAGAAACUGGUGACUUAUCUGCUGAGAAACCAGAGAAGCAGCCACUUCCUGCAAGUAAUGGAGAUAAAAAUUCAGUAAAGCUAACAAAAAAUACUGACAUAGAAGAAGAACCUACAGGAUCCAAAUUAGUUGUAAAUAAACCAGAAGCAGUUAAGGAGCCUUCCGAUUCCACACUGAAUGUUAAAGCAGUUACAAACAAACCAGCUGCAAACAAACUAGAAUUAAUAAAGGACGCUUCAGAAUCAUUACAGAGUCCCAAAGCAGUUACAAACAAAGCAGUUACAAACAAAUUAGAAACGGUAAAAGAACCUUCAGAAUCUUCACAAAGUUCUAGAUCAGCUACAGAAAACCAUAAUUCAUGGGAAACACCAGAAAUUCCUUAUCGCAAACGAUUAGGUAAAUGGACAAGGACAAAGACCUCUUCCUACAUAUUUGAAGUAGAAAAAGAGCACAAGUACCUAAAUGUUGCUGUUUGGUGUAGGGAUCCUUUCAAAUUAGGUGGGCUUCUCUGUUUAGGAUAUGAAAGCAUAAAACUUGAAGAAAUAGCUUUAGAUUGUAUAGCUACAUCCUCCAUGGAAUUCAUUAGACAAUUUAGAUUAAAUCCUCCUGCACCUAAAGCUUCAGUAACUAGAACUGCAUUGCGUAAUUUGAUUUCUCACAAAGGUUUCAAUGAAAAUUUUUGUUACGGUGAUAUUACUAUACAUUUUAAAUAUUUAAAAGAGGGUGAACCAGAAGACUCCAGUUUUCUCCUGGAAAAAGAAAAAGAAAAUAUUUCAGAAGAUGAGUCUGCUCCCAUUCUUCCCAAAGAGGAUCCUUAUUUGGGACAGAUUAUCUACACUGAAAACAAGCAUAAUUUUCAGGACACCCAGUUUCAGAAUCCAACUUGGUGUGAUUACUGCAAAAAAAAAGUUUGGACUAAAGCAGCAUCACAGUGUGUUGUUUGUGCAUACGUUUGUCACAAAAAAUGUCAAGAAAAAUGUCUAACGGAAAGCCCAUUUUGUUUAGGAGCCACAAGACGGCUUGAACGAGACCUUCGCACUUUUAAAUUUGAUAGCCCUGAUUCUCUAAGCGUACCAGCAUCUCGUGCCGAUACAGAAUUGAAAACUGCAAACAGAACAACAGGUUUAACAAGACAUAUCAUCAACACUAGCUCCCGGUUGUUAAAUCUUCGUCAAGUUCCUAAAGUUCGUGUUAGUGAGCCAGGGGCUGAUGUAGUAGAACCUUCGCCAAAGCACACGCCACAUGGUUCCGAUAAUGAAGGUAGUGACACAGAAACUGGUGGUCCAAGUAGCCCUUCCAAGCAAGCAAGUACAGGGAUAAAGUUAGCAAGAAAAGAAGGUGGAUUAGAUGAUAGUGUCUACAUUGCUGUUAAAGAAAUUGGUCGAGACCUUUAUAGAGGUUUGCCUACAGAAGAAAGAAUCCUAAAAUUAGAGGUUAUGUUGGAAAAGCUACAGUAUGAAAUAGACCAGGAACUGGAAAAUAACAAUUCUUUAAUAAGAGAAAAGAAAGAAACAACAGAUACAAGGAAAAAAAUGCUAUUGUCUACUGCAUUGGCUAAAUCAGGUGAACGACUGCAAGCCCUAACACUUCUUAUGAUUCACUACAGAGCAGGCAUUGAAGAUAUAGAAGCUUUAGACCUGGAAUCCAGAAAAGAGGAUAAAUAUGAAGACGAAGAAAUGGAUAAUGAAGUUGAAAGUGCUCUAGUAAUGGAGCCAGUACUCGAACAACUACUAAAAGAAGGAGAGCUUGAAAGAUCUGAUGACUUAGUAGAUUGAUGUUGCACAUUUGGCCUUGAGAAUGAUAAACUGGGAAAAUACUUUGCACUUAAUCAAAACCACACCAGAUACAUUAAAAUGUAAUUAAACACUGGUAAAAUGUAUACAAGCUGCUUUUCCACAGGUGUUUUUUUAAAUCUCUGUAAGAGUAUAGUUAGAGUUUUCUUUACAAGUACAGUUCCCCUUUCUUGUUUUUUGUUGACAUAGCUGGUCCAAUUUGUGUUUAAAGAACAUUUUGGAAGUUUAUACUGGAAGAUUAAUUUAUUUGAACUUUUUCUAAAGUUUCAUGCUAAUACAGUUGUUUUAUUUUUUGUUCCGUUCCAUUAUUAAGUUUAAUGUUUUGAUUUUUAACUGCAUGCUGAAAUUUACAGCCAUGGGGACCAGGUUCUGAAGAUUUUGAUUGUGUCUCAUUAUUUGGCUCUUUGAUUUAUUUCAGAGCAGGGGUGUUUUGUUUUUUUGCCAAUCAUGCAUCAUAGCCAACACAGGCUUUAUUUUCAGUUAUUUAGUAAAGGUGUUACUACAUAUCAUGAUGCUUACUUUCCAUAAUUUUUUUCAGUCACAGAUUUUUGAAGCUUAAUUGACACUUGAAUACCUUUUUCCUUUAUGGGUUUAGCAGAAUUGUAAGCUGGGAGAGAAUUCUAAAACAUGUCUAGUUCAAAGCUCAAAUAAUUAUCAGUAGGUGCUCAUCUCCCCCUCUCUCCUUCCUUAAAGACCACAAACAUUCAAUUUCGCCUGAUCAUAAGCUGUACCAAUAUUGUAUAGCAAUUUCUUGGAAAUGUACCAGCAAAAGAUAUGUUAAUGUAAAAAUAGGUGGAAGCCUUAUAGAACAUAUCACUGUAAUAUUAUAAUGCAUAAAGACCUAUUUUUAAGUUGAGUUGUAGCUUUUUCUGUUUACCUAAGCAUUGAUUUUUCCACAAAAUGUAUGACUUUUGUGUGUUAAUGUUUAAAGGGUAAAUGAAAUGCUAAAAUAAUUUACUUCCACUGGUUGUAAUGCCAUCGUGAACAGAAAAAUGCUAGUUAGAUACCCAGCUUUUUAAUAUAGCAUGUGAGUUUCCUUACUGGUUCCUGGGCCCAACAGAAAUUGGGGACCUUUUUUAAAUUUCUUUUUUAAAAGCCCCAGCUGGUCUGCUAAGAAAUAUAUUUGGGGGGGGUUGACAUUUAUGUGUCAUAAGGCUUUGUUUUCCAUAUCAUUAUUUUAGGCCCUGUGCUAUAUAUACAAACACCUGUAGAAACUGGCAAAGCUAGCACACCUAAAGCCUCUUAUUUUGACAGACAAGCAAUCAGAUAUCCUAUUAUGUUGAAUCUGCUUUUCAGUUUGUAUAGGAGUGAUAACAACCUCUUCACAUCUUUUUGGCCUUAAGAAUAACCUUUUGCUUUUUAAAAAACAUACCGGUAACUGAGCCGAAUAUUAGAAUACAAUCCAUACUAGUAAAAAACAGUUCUGCUCUUUUAAAAAAUUUGCUUCAUAACUUAUACUAGAUACUUCCAAAAAAUAAACCCCUCCAAAAGAGUUCAACAUUGUGUUUAAUGAAUUUUAUCUCUCAAUUUAUUUUCUGGGUUGCUUACCAACUGAGGUGGUUUGGAAUAAUUCUCCAUUAGUUUUUCGCUUGAGUCCAGGUACUGCCUUGAAACACUUGCUCAUUUGAGAAAACAGCUGCAAAAAUAAUAUAGGCAUUAGGUUUUUUCAAAAUAAUACCUUAUAGUUUAUCAGUUAAUGAAACGGGCAUGAAAAGUUUGGUAUCAAUACUCUGCUAUGAUGAUUGUAUAAUAAAUUAAAUGUAGUGCAAUAUUCUAAAUGUUGCGUGAGAAUGGUGGCAAAAUAAUUGUAUGGUAGCAAGGGAAAACAUAAUUAUAACAAACACUGAUCUUGAGAGGCAAGCUGUAUUAAUACAUUCCUAUUAUAUUCUUUGCUUCUGUGCUUUACUGUACAUAGCUGAAAAUAAAAAAUGCCACUGAAAGCAAGGAUAUCUUGAUGUAGUGGUAUGUAACUACUUGACACUUGCACAUAUUUAUAGAAAGUCUGCCCAAGAUGAUUGUCAGACAUGAUUUUAUCAUGAAAACAAGCUUUAAUAAAUUUUUUAAAAUAA